GGCAGGGGAGUAUUGUGUCCAAGUGAAAGCUCAGGGGGAGUUCUGGGCAGGCAGAACCUCAUUGCCCCGGGUGGAGUUUGGCCAGGAUGCUGCAAACGAUGCCCAGGUGACACCAACGAGUGCUGCGGGCUCAGAUGUUGUCAGACAUUUCAAAGGCAGCACCUCCCUGGCUCUGGGCAGGGGAAGGAGCUUGACUCUGUCUUGGAGCUGAAGCCCCACAGCCACUUUUGGUAACAGCAGCACUUGCCUGGAGAGGUCUCCCAUCCAACUGCCAGCUUUUGCACACUUUUUGAUGUCUCACACCAGGUCACGCUCGUUACGGCUGCAGAAGGUCAAAGGGGGUGUCUGAAAUGCCACUUGCUGGGGAUUGGAACUGAAGUGGUUGUCUGAACAUGUCCCAGAAGGAUCCCUGCCAGAAGCAAGCCUGCGAGAUACAGAAGUGCUUGCAAGUGAACAACUACCUGGAGUCCAAGUGUGAGAGUGUGCUGCGGGAGAUGCGGAGGUGCUGCGCCCGCUACCCCAAGGGCAGAUCCAUCUGCUGUUCAGGCUUUGAGAAGGAAGAAAGGGAGAAAGAAAAGCUGAAGGUGACUUCAGAAGGAAUCCCCUCACCACCUCAGUAACACAAUGCAGCUUCAGCAGGUGCCAGAGCAGGGACUCUGCCGCAGAGCUUGUGUGUGCUUUUGCAGGCCAGGCAGAUAGCUCCCAGAACACCCCUCCCCCCGGCACACCAAAAAGUACCAACUCAUGGCCUGCUCAACAGACUUGAUUUCUUUUGUACCAAAAUGUCAUCUGUAUUGUCUUGGCAUUUGUACCUGUGUCUGUGAAAAGUCAACUUGGUAUUUGUAGAGUGCUCACCUUACUCUAACCUCUCCUUGCUCUCACAAUGGGGAACUGGAACCGAGUGAUUCUAGCUUCUGGAGCAAGAGGUACAGGAAACGAGCUGAGAAGAGUUGAGUUUGAAGUGCAACACAGGAAACAAGCCCAUUCUGACACAGCAGAAGGUCUCACUGCCCUCAGUGCAGUAGUCCCAGACAACAUUGGCCUGUCCAGUGGUUCAAGCUCAAGCGUGGGAAUCGGGUCAGGGGGUUGUUGCCGGGUCUUGCAGAGAUCAGGAGUGACUCAAGUCACUUUGCCCAAGUGCCUCACUUUCCCACUGGACAGGCUCCUGUUUACUUUCUGUUUGAAUUGCCUCCACGCUGCUAUUUGCAUGACAAAGAUGUUACAGGCACAUUCUUUCAGGGAUUGCUACAGGGUUAGGGGUGUUUUUUAAAGAGCAAAAGCAAUAUUCAUUUGGGAGAUCUGACUGUUGCAACAUUUCCAAACGUUGGGAUCACUGAACACCUUGAAGCAAUAUGUUAUGAACCCAGCAUAGUUCCACCUGCUGGCACCCAGAGGCCCUGGGCUAGAUCCAAGAACUGAUGUAGGUGCUGCUUUACUGAACAAGCAGUUGUAGGCACUUGCUUUCAACACAGCAGUUCCAGGCUCCCUCCCCAAGCCGCUGUGGCUGCAGCCCGGGGAGAGGCGGCUUCUCAGAAGCUCUCACCUGUGCAGCACAAUUUCCUGUGACCUGUAGGAAGAGCUCAGCAGACAGGUUCCUGCAUCACCCUUCAGAGCUGCCUCAGUCUCUGUGUCCUCUGUAGCAGGAGUCCAGGCACCUCAGUGGGUGCCAAGUCCAUUUCAGGGCCUAGGCACCUAUUCAAACCCACUAGGCCCCUAACUCUGUCAUUAGAUCUAGCCAUAAAGGACUCUUGUGCUGUGAUCAAGUACACCUUCCUUAUGAGAUACAGCUCCUAGAAACAAACCACUGUAGCCUAGGCACAAUAGGGGAGUGUAUUGAAGCCCAGAAGGGCAAAACCAUCUGUAUUCACCGCUCUGAGACACCGUGGUACAAAAUAAA